AUGCAGGUCCUGCUCAAGCAUUUGGGCCUGGAAAACUCAGAAGGUAGUCUGGCACAGAAACUCGCAUCAGCCAAGCAGAUUCUUGCCCAAACCAUCAUCCCAGCGGUGAGGGACAUUGAGCUGCGAAAGGGCCCCGGCAGCCCAGCCUUCCUGGACAUGAGCAGUUAUCCGCUUGGCUUUUCAAUGGGAGAUGAGAAGACCGAUUUAGCUGCAAAGAUCCUACGCAUGCUGUACAUCAAAGAUCUGCGUGCACUGCAGACGCAGAUUGAUGACAUGAUCGUGCAGAUCCAGGAAUUCACAGCCAAUCCCCGCAUUGUUGCCAGCCUCGGAGUUGUUGGUCGAUGA